UGAUCACAGCCUGGACGCACCGUGGUACCAGUAGAAGGCAACAGGAGACUGUAUGGCAUGGAUGAAGGAGGAUAUGAAAAUGAUUGAACUGCGUGACUGGGAACGCAGCCAAAGGAAACAUGGCUUCACCAUGGCAAUGAAUGCCUUUGGUGACAUGCCCAACGUAGAAUUCAGGCAGGUGAUGAAUGGCUUUCUAAACCAGAAGAAGCACAGGAAGGGGAAAGUAUGCCUAGAACCUCUCUUUGCUGAGAUGCCCUCAUCUGUGGAUUGGAGACAGAAAGGGUAUGUAACUCCUGUGAAGAAUCAUGGUCAUGGUUCUUGUUGGGCUUUCAGUGCAAAUGGUGCCCUUGAAGAACAGAUGUUCCGGAAAACUGACAAACUUGUUUUGUUGAGUGAGCAGAACCUGGUGGACUGCUCUCACUCUCAAGGCAAUCAGGGCUGCAAUGGUGGCUUAAUGGAUAAUGCAUUCCAGUAUGUCAAGGACAGCAAAGGCCUGGACUCACAGGAAUCCUACCCAUACCUUGGAAGGGAAUCAAAUACCUGUAACUAUAGACGUCAGUAUUCUGCUGUCAACGACACUGGCUUUGCGGAUAUCCCUCGGCAUGAGAGGGCCCUUAUGAAGGCAGUGGUGACUGUGGGGCCCAUCUCUGUUGCUAUUGAUGCAGGCUAUUCAUUGUUCCAGUUCUAUAAUGAAGACAUAUACUAUGAACCAAACUGCAGCAGCAAAGACCUGGAUCAUGGUGUUCUGGUGGUUGGCUAUGACUCUGAAGGAGGAAAAUCAAACAACAAUACAUUUUGUAUUGUCAAGAACAGCUGGGGUUCAGAAUGGGGCAUGAAUGACUACAUAAAAAUGGCCAGAGACCAGAGCAAUCACUGUGGAAUCGCCACCACAGCCAGCUAUCCCACUGUGUGA